AUGUCGUUGCCAAAGGACUUCUUGUGGGGGUUUGCCACAUCUGCCUAUCAAAUUGAGGGCGCUGCAGCCCAGGAUGGUAGAGCGCCAUCCAUUUGGGACACCUUUUGUGAUAUCCCUGGCAAGAUCAGUGACGGAAGCUCCGGGGCGGUCGCGUGCGACUCUUAUAAUCGAUGGAGAGAAGACAUCAGCUUACUCAAGUCACUCGGCGCCAAGGUCUAUCGCUUCUCGAUAUCGUGGUCGCGUGUAAUUCCGCUCGGCGGGCGGAAUGACCCCAUCAACCAGAAGGGACUUGACUUUUAUGUGCGUUUCGCCGAAGCCUUGAUCGAGGCUGGUAUCCAACCGUUCAUCACAUUAUUCCACUGGGACCUACCCGAUGCGCUCGAGAAGCGGUAUGGGGGCCUGCUCAACCAAGAUGAAUUUGCAGCCGACUUCGAGCACUACGCGCGCAUCAUAUUUGCCGCCAUUCCCAGGUGCAAGCAUUGGAAUACGUUCAACGAGCCAUGGGCGUCGGCCGCCAUGGGCUAUGGUCCCGGCCGCAUGGCGCCGGGCCGCACGUCGGACCGGACCAGGUCGCCCGAGGGGGACAGCGCGCGUGAGCCGUGGCUUGCCGGGCAUACGCUGCUGAUUGCUCAUGGUCUGGCUGUGCGUGCAUAUCGCCGCACUGGUCAAGGCGGCGAGAUUGGCAUUGUACUCAAUGGCGACUUUGCGUACCCCUGGGACGCCGACGAUCCGGCCGACGUCGAGGCUGCCACGCGUAGCAUCGAGUUUGUCAUUUCGUGGUUUGCAGACCCAAUCUACUUGGGCGACUAUCCGGCUUCGAUGCGUGCGCAGCUCGGAGAUCGACUGCCGCAGUUCACCGACGAGGAGCGCGAGCUUGUGCUGGGAUCCAACGACUUCUAUGGCAUGAAUCACUACACGUCCGUAUACGUCCGCCACAAGCCGAGGUCAGCUAGACCGGCCGAGGAAGACCUACAGGGUCAUGUUGAUGUCUUGACCGAAAACAAAGCGGGCGAGCCGAUCGGGCCAGAGACGCAGUUACCCUCGAUGCGACCUCAUCCGCGUGGUUUCCGUGAUCUGCUGGUAUGGGUCAGCAGGCGAUAUCAUGGGCCCAAGAUUUACGUCACGGAGAACGGCACAAGUAUCAAGGGUGAAAAGGAUUUGCAAAGGGCAGAGGCGCUACACGAUGAAUUUCGUGUCGACUAUUUCAGAAACUAUGUCCACGCUAUGGCGGAUGCGGUUCGAGAGGACAAAGUCGAUGUGCGUGGCUACAUGGCAUGGUCAUUACUGGACAAUUUCGAGUGGACCCAAGGAUACAGGGUCAAAUUUGGCACUGUCUUUGUCGACUUCAGAGAUCAUCUGAAGCGGUACCCGAAAAAUAGUGCAAGGUCAUUGGAGUUUCUGUUUAACAGUCUUAUUAAGACGAGUGGUGCUCAAUAG